AUGGAGCGGAAAAACAGUAAACAUUCUUCGGUGCUCCUUUCGGCUACCAUAGCUGCAUUGCUUACUCAACAUUUGGUCAUUCCUGUCAUGUCUUCAGCUACCUUUGAGGAUCAAAAGACCUAUUACUCCCCGGACCCAAGUUCUCACACGCCUCCAUCGCAUGGCUCUGGUGGCGGCCAUGGAACGCCAACACCCUCUCACGGAACGCCUUCACAUGGAGGAGGAAGCUAUGGCCGCACGCCACCAUCUGGAAACUGUGGGAACCCCCCAAGUGGAGGGCACCAUCCUACUCCUCCCACUGGAGGUGGUGGUGGUUACUAUAACCCUCCUCCAAGCUCUACCCCAACUACACCCACCAUUGUGAGUCCACCCAUCAUUUUAAGUCCUCCAACCACUCCUAUCGACCCCGGAACUCCAGUUACUCCAAUCGACCCUGGAACUCCAUCAAUACCAUCACCUCCAUUUGCAUUUGAUCCAAACUCACCUCCUUUUACUUGCAAUUACUGGAGGACUCAUCCGGGACUGAUCUGGAGGUUGUUCGGCUGGUGGGGAACCGUUGGUGGAGCAUUCGGUGUGGCAAGCCUACCUGGGCUUGGAUCGAGCACGAACCUGCUACAAGCUCUUUCAAAUACCCGACCUGACGGGCUCGGAGCACUCUACAGGGAAGGCACAGCUGCAUUACUCAACUCCAUGGUGCACAGGGGUUUCCCUUACACAACAAGGCAAGUUAGGGAUAGAUUUGCAGCUGCACUUAGCUCAAACAAAGCUGCAGCAGCUCAAGCUAAGCUCUUCAAGCAAGCUAAUGAGGGAAGAACCAAGCCUAGAGCUUGA